CCUACAUAAUACAUACCAUAGAGAAUUUUUUUAGAUUAAAACCUCAGAAAAAAUCUCUCUGUGAUAGUGGUCCGGUUUGAAGUUUCGUUUGGUUGGUGGCUAAAUCUGCCGCUAAAUUGCAAAGCACGACCUGCAGCCGUUACGGUUCCCCGUUUCUUGUCCCUUUUUGGGGAUGGCUGACGUAUUUAAAAUUGACAGAGAUGAUCAUGCCCUCCACCCAUACCGUCGCGGGAAGAUCGGGCGAUUCCUCACGAAUUUCACCAAGUUUACAGUCGAUGCCGCCGUCAACGUCUCUUUCAAAGGCGUCGUUGGUGGAAGGAAAGUGUACAAGAUUGUUCAGGAAGGAUUCAAGAUUCAGCCCUCUUCAUGCUCAGUAAGCGACAAAACAAAUUUCAAUGGUAUUGAAUCAAUGGAGGAGAUGCAAACAAAGAUGGAAGAAAUGCAGGAAGACAUGAAUGUUGUGAAACAACAAAGUAAGGCAGCAGGGAAACUAUCAGAAGGAUCAAAACCUCAGAAGAAGAUACCCGAUGAAGGCAUCAAGGGAUCAGAUCUUUUGAGAACCAACGAGAAAAGAGUCUUUAUUCGCUCCAGGCUGUAGAAAAUGUAGCCCAUUUCACAAACCUGAGUUCCCACGAAAAAAGAAAUAUCAAUUUCCUAUUUAGAAAUGUAGUUGAAGUUUAUGUGUAAAAAUAAUGUGAUGUUGAUAGAUGGCUAAAGCACUAUUUGUAUCUUGCCUCCAUAUUUUUGCUCUUACUGAAGUUUAUGCUAUGGAUCAUAACUGCAAAUUACCCUAAA